GACUUUUGCAUUUGGCAAAACAAAAGAAAACUGCCAGACACAUCCAGUUCGCCCGUCGAUUCUUAUCAUAUUUUCUCUGAAAAAUAUUGUGUAAAUCAGAACAGAAUAUGGCGUGAAAUUUCUUAAAAAAUAAAUAUUGCUAAAAGUGUCUUACGUGGUGUUACUGUUUAAUUAUUGCAUUGCAAACAAUAACAGCUGAAAAGUGAGAAAAAAUAAACAAAAAACAAUAUCAACAAAGUGCCGAGUGUCACCCGCCCCCACUAAAACUAAAUGAGUAACUUGUACACAAAACUAAAGCAAAGGCAAUUAAUGGUGCGGUAGAUUUUUCUAUCAAUCGAGCCUGCCAUUGCGCUACUGCAUCGUAAUACACCAUUUUCACAAACUAUACUGAAAUAAUGGACACGUUCGAAAUGUGAAUGUGAAUAGCUAAUUGAAUCAGUCUCUGAAAAUAAUUGUUUUUCAGCAUUCACACACACAUUUGUACACCAAAGUUCAGCGCUAUAAAUCGCCAGUGACCUGGAAAGCAUAAUAACAUAAACUUGACAAUCGCAUAAAUAUGGAGUUCGCUGAUCUCAUCAAAACGCCAAAGCUGGACGGUGUGUUCUUACAUGACCAUCUGCAUGCAACAGUUGAGGGAACACUCUGUAUCACAGGUCAUCAUCUGUUGUUAAGCGCCAGGCAGGAAAAUAGCCAAGAGUUAUGGUUGCUGCACAAAAAUAUCGACUGUGUGGAGAAAAAGCCAGUUAUGGUACAAAACAUGGUGAUGGGCGGCAUCAUAACGCUGAAGUGCAAAGAUUUACGCAUCAUUUCACUGGAGAUUAAAUAUGCUAAGGAAUAUUUUAAUGUAGCAGCGUCGCUAGAGGCACUCAGCUCGUUACACAAUGCUGAACUCGAAUAUCCAUUUUUCUAUCGACCAAUGUAUACUAUACUCGAGGACGGAUUCACUAUGUUCCGCCCCGAACUAGAAUUUGCGAAACUAAUUUCCGGUGUAGCCUGCAAUCUGCACAAUGGUAAUGAGAAUUGCAAUGUAAGCGGUGGGGCAGUAACUGGCGCUGUUGGUGGCUGCGAAUGGCGUAUCACGACAGUCAAUAAGGAUUUUAGUGUGUGCCCAACGUAUGGCACUGCACUUAUUGUGCCUAAAACUAUUACGGACGAACAAAUUGUGCAAUCGGCUGCAUUCAGAGAUGGCGGUCGAUUUCCGGUGCUCAGCUAUCGGCAUGAAAACGGGGCUACGUUAAUGCGCAGCUCGCAGCCCGUGUCCAUACAAGGUAUUAAACGUUGUCGUGCCGACGAAGCGAUACUUAACGUUGUGUUGGGACGCAGUAAAAAGGGCUUCAUUGUGGACACUUGGGGCAAGGGUAAAUCGAACACUGAAACAGAUCAACACUACUCUCAAUGGAAGAAAGUGAAUCGUGCUAUUGGCAAUGUGUCGGCGCCUUCAGCAAUUUUAGAUAGUUACGCAAAACUGAUUGAUGCAUGCAAUGAUGUGACGUGUUCCGCGGACAAAUGGUUGUCACGCUUAGAGGCAUGCGGCUGGUUAAGUCUCGUGCUGAAUUCAUUGAACGCUGCUUGCGUCGUUGCGCAAUGCCUAGAUCAGGAAGGCAGUCCGGUGUUGGUGCAUGGCUCCAAAGGUUUGGACUCCACACUAAUUGUAACCUCACUGGUGCAGAUAAUACUUAAUCCUGACUGCCGCACAGUGCGCGGCAUACAAGCUUUAAUUGAACGGGAAUGGAUACAGGCCGGUCAUCCGUUUGCAUCACGUCAUCGCUAUGGCUGCUACACGCCCGCAGCAAAUCGGCCGAAGAACUCUGGUGCCACAUUUGUGCUGUUUCUCGAUUGUAUUUACCAGCUGUACACACAGUUCCCCUGCAGCUUCGAGUUUAGCCUUCAAAUGCUGAUUUUACUCUACGAGCACAGUUACUUCUCGCAAUAUGGCACAUUUUUGUGUGAUUCCGAACGUGAGCGUCACGAGUUGGGUGUGCAUACGCGCACCACUAGUUUGUGGUCUUACUUAAACCGACCAGAUGUGCUGAAAAACAUGCUCAACCCAUUGUACGAACCGAAUUCAAGCGUCAUUUGGCCGAGUGUGGCACCGAUCUCAUUGGAAUUGUGGAGCGAGCUCUAUCUGCGUUGGACCAUUGAACAGAAAAAUAGCACAAAAACCAUACAGCAAAUACAAGAACUGGUCAUGCAGGAAAAGGAACUGCGCGCGAAAGCAAUACGUCUACGGAAGCAGGCUUCAGAUCUGAGUAAUGAAAUGGAGGAUCUCAUGAUAUCCGAUUGAUCGCUGCAGCCGCUGGAAAACAAAUCUACGCCAGUUAACAUAGAGCAAGUGAAUAUUUACAAAGGAAAAAAUAAGAAAACAUAAACUAAUCUAUGAAAUACGCAGUUCAAAUUUUUAACUUUGCUCUCUAAGUGUCUCUCUCUAGAAAUAUACUAUGAUAAUGUAUUCGAAUAAUCUCCAGGCGCUGUAGGCACCGUACGGCACAGUGGUGUGAACACUUGUAAAUUGAGUCAAUUUUUGGCGCAUUUUUAUUGUAAUUUAAUAUAAGUUAAUAAUUAAGCUAAUAAUAAACGAAAAUCAAAACUUAA